GCAUGAACCAGGGAGACGCGCAGGCGGAUGUGAGUGCGAAGGAAACUGAUGGAGACGAGCCCGGGCCAGAAGAAGACGCUCUGGAUCCGAAGGUCGGGGUAGGUCGAGCUGGGAUGCAUGCGACGCCGGGACCCAGCACGCGGGCCCGCCUUCAGGCGCAGGCAGAGGCCGCGGCCAGCGUCACAGAAGCGGGGCUGACUGACAGCCCCGAGUGCGGGGCGGGGGUGGGCGGGGCUUCCGGGUCACCGAGAAGGUCACGGAGCUGAGCGCCGGGCAAGCAGAGGCCCGGGAGGGUGUCCAGGGGAGACUGGAGAUCCAACCAGGUCUCCGCGCAGCCUGGGGUCUGCUGCCCGGGAGCCGGGUGGGACGGCCGGCGCCUCCCCGCCAAGAUGCCCCUGUCGUCUGAGGCAUCGACCGGUUUCCAAGUUCAGAGCCGACCCGCUGCCAUCCUGGACGGAUGGGACAGGGCAAGAGAGGGGCGGGGCGGAGGCGGGGCCAGCAAGGAGGAGGCGAGGGUCCCCGGGAGGCGGGGCCUGAAAUUCAGGGACUGACGCGGCGGCGUGUGAAAUAAGGACUCCGCUGGCCUGCCCCCCGCGCAGACCUGGACACAGGUCCGUCCGGCGGUCAGUUCUCCCGCUGCAGGGAGUUCAGGAUGCGGGGUGAGGACCCAGCAAACGCAGCCCAGCUCUGCCUGGAGCAGCCUCUCGGGGCUCUGUGUCUGGGGAGCGGGAAUCCCUGCGGGAAGCAGCCUCGGGCUGGGGCAGCACGUGUACCAGAAGGCUGGGGAGGGGGUGGUCAGGAGGCUCCGUCUGCUGAGAGGAAAGCACCGGGCAAGGUCAGGCCCAGCAGACACCGGCGGCUCUGGGACUAAUCUUCAGCGCCAACAGCUCCAACUCCAGCCAAACACCAGAGACGCCUCCCAGAGCCCCAGCGCACAGCCUCCUGAUGAACCCGCACCACAAUCCGGUGGCCCCGGCUGGGAGAUCCCAGAAGCCUGCAUGGGACCAAAGCCAUCGCUCCCGGUUUAUGGACAAUCCAGGUUGCUAAUGGUUUCCUGCGCACCAGUGACCACAAGAAUGCCAGGAAACCAGCUUCCCACGAGGGCACCGCAGGCCGAUCUGCAGGAAACACAUUGAGUUUCCUAAGAUCCACUGACCAUGGCCCUGAGAUGAGAAACCCCAACAGAGGGCGAGGUGACGGACGGCUGCCAGCCGUCCCGAGAACAGACGCCUGAUCGCACUGUGUUUCCUGCCAAGGACCUCGGCUCCCUUGUAGUUAAAGGUGUGAUUUGCCUGUGAGGGACUCGAACACAGCCGUGAUGACAGCUGGCACCGCGGCUCUGAGUGUGGCCAGCAUGCCCACCCCCUCCCCAAAGACCCCCUAUUGCUGGAGAGCGGCUUGCUCCCCAGGAGGGUUUUUGCACAUGAGGGGCCGUGUCCUCAGCCCACGGGGGUGGCCCCGGCGGCGGGCACUGCCACCGGCCACCCGAUCACAGCCGUUUCCCAGGCCGUGAACGGGGCCUGGUGAGGCGGGACAGAGCUCGUCUUUCUGGGGGAGCAGACGACAGGACCCUGGAGGCCACCGAGAUCCACGUCUUCCGCUGAGAGUCAGGGCAGCUGUGAGAGGGCGCACAGCCAGCCUCCUUGAGUGUGGUCGCUUUCCCACAGGCCUCCCAGGGAAGUUCAGGUCCUCUCCGUGGGCUGAGCUACAUGUUCAUCAUUGGCAUCGAGAUUCUGACGGCUCUAGGCUGUAAUGCUGGGACUCCACGCUCACCUUCUGCGUUUCAGCCAGAGGGUGUCAGCUCAGCCUCUGAAACAUCUCCUGGCGUCAACAAGACUCGGUGUCUGUCUCCAGGGGUGGAAGUGAAGAGGAAAUCCACACCCAGUGACGUCUCACUGUGCAGGGAAGGCGCUCUUUGUCCCAUUCCACAUGAAGAGAAAGGGAACCCGGAGAGGUCAGGCCAGGCCAGGCUGAAAGUGAGGCAGGUGGGAUGGAGGUGUCAGGAAAAGAACUCAGAGCAGGCUGGCUUCCACCCAGCACACCAACUCUUGCAACAAACAAGGAGGAAAUCAGAGAAACUCGCAGAGCCCAGAGAUGAAAGGGUGAUGCUCGAGACACCCUUGUGUUGUUGUUUAGUCACUCAGUUGUGUCUGUCUCUUUGUGACCCCGUGGACUGUACCCCUGCACGCUCCUCUGUCCAUGGGAUUCUCCAGGCAGGAAUACUGGAGUGGGUUGCCUUUUCCUUCUCAGGGGAUCUUCCUGACCCAGGGAUUGAGCCCAUGGUUCCUGCACCGGCAGGCGGAUUUUGUACCACUGAGCCACCAGGGAUGUCCUUGAAAUACCCAAACCACAGGGAAAGCCUAGAUUGUCCCCAAGAGCCAGUCUCCUUCCUGUUCUCUGACCCCUCGAGGCUGCAGCAGUGCUGGCCGUGGGUGAGUCACAGGAGAGAAGGACCCAGAGGCCAAGAGCACCUGGGCUCCCUUGGGCCCUGCAGGGUCUCGCCUGGGGUAGGAAGGGGCUUACGGACGGUCCGCAGAGUGGGACCAGACCGAGACCUGGACGGUCACACUCCCCAUGGUCGCCACGUGCUGACCCGGUCCGACUGCCUCCCCAGCUCCCAUGGAUCUGCAGGUCUGGAGCCCCGUGUGCUGCAGAAGGCCAGCUGAGGGCCUGACUCCAGGGGAUGUGCCUGGUCGUCCAGUGGGGCUCCGUCUCGAUGGCCAAGAGGGAGCGGGAAAGAAGUGCGUUCCUCAUCCUCCUCUCGAGGAAGGCUGCAGGCAUCAGGGGCGCAAGCCGCGAGGGCACUGUCCCAUCCCACGGGCCAGGACGGCGGCCGCGGUGACCACAGGGAGCACCACGGCCGCGUGGCAGCUAGCAGUGGGGUCUCUGCUCCCUGCACCCAGGCCCGUGGCCUCUAACCCUGUCCAGCGACCUCGUCGACUUGCCUGUCUUCAGAUAUAUUAUUUGCAAAAACAAGAUCGUCACUAUCAGCCUCCAAGUGAAGCUCUUCACCUUGAAGAGCAGAAUCAGCAGUGACUUUGUAAAUUCAAUUUUUAUGUUAUGCAGAGGUAGGUCGGGAAGAUCCCUGGGAGGAGGGCCUAGCAACCCACUCCAGCGUUCUUGCCUAGAGAAUCCCAUGGGCAGAGGAGCCUGGCGGGCUCCAGUCCACGGAGUUGCAGAGUCGGACACGAUUGAAGUGACCUAGCAUGCAUGCAGGCAUAGUUGAUUUACAUGCUGUGUGUAGCUAAGUGAGUCAAUUGUACACAGUAUUUAGGCCUCACACAGUUCCGGCAGCCUCGUCUCGCCUGCAGGGCAUCUGGGCUGUUUUCCGGUACAGGCCAUUACCGCGUGUUGAGUAGAGCUCCCUGUGCUGUCCUGUAGGUCCUUGUUAGUCUUCUGUUUUAUAUACAGUAGUGCGUGUAGGUUAAUCCCCGACUCCUGGCUUACCCCUCCCCACAGUCUUUCCCCUUUGGCAACCCUAAGUUUGCUUUCUGUGUUGUGGGUGAGUCUGUUUUCUCUUUUGUAAGUAAGUCCACUUGUGUUGUUUUUAGAUCCCACAUAUAAAUGCCAUCAUGUGGUAUCUGUCUUUGUCUGACUUCCUUCU